AGUAUUUAUAUCUGUUUGGAAUAUAAUCCCUUCAUAUUUUUAUUUGGAAGAUACUGCAAAUAAUAUUGAUCAAACGGAUCAAAUUCCUAUAGAAAAAACUACUUUAGCAAUACCUACUGCCGUACAAACAACUUCAAUAUCAUCUACACUAUCACCAACAUCAACUCCAGUGACAACACCUGUUAAAGAACCAAAGCCUCCAAUGAGCGAAAGUGGAAAAGUUAUUGCUGCUUAUUUUGCGUCAUGGAGUAUUUAUGCUCGAGCAUAUAAUGUUAUUGAUAUAGAUUCAGAUAAAGUAACUCAUAUAUUAUAUGCCUUUGCAAAUAUCAAACCGGAUGGGGAAGUAUUUUUAGGGGAUUCUUGGGCUGAUACUGAUAAACAUUUUGAAGGUGACUCUUGGAAUGAUGAAAAAAAAAAUCUUUAUGGAAACUUUAAACAAUUAGGUUUAUUAAAAAAGAAGAAGAAACAUUUCAAAGUUAGUUUAUCAAUUGGAGGAUGGUCAUGGUCAACUAAUUUCCCAUCAGUUGCUUCUAAAUCUGAUUCAAGAAAGAAAUUUGUUACUUCCUCUAUUGAAUUACUUAAAGAUUUGGGUUUAGAUGGUUUAGAUAUUGAUUGGGAAUAUCCUCAAAAUGAGGGAGAUGCUAAGAAUUAUGUUAAAUUGUUAAAGGAACUUAGAGAGGCGUUGGAUGAAUAUUCUGAAUCACAAAAUCAUUCACAUAAAUUACUUUUGACCGCUGCAUUGCCAUGUGGAGAAGAACAAUAUAAGAAAAUGAAAUUGAAAGAUAUGAAUAAAUAUCUUGAUCUUUUUUAUCUUAUGGCCUAUGAUUUUAGUGGAUCUUGGUCAAGUAAGGCAAGUCAUCAAUCAAAUUUAUAUGGAAGUGAUUUAUCAACUCAUAAAGCUGUUGAUUAUUAUAUCAGCAAAGGCGUAGAUGAAGAUAAGAUAGUUAUUGGUAUGCCAAUGUAUGGUCGAGCAUUUCAAAAUACUAAUGGUUUUGGUUCUUCAUAUAAUGGAGUUGGUGAAGGAACUUGGGAACAAGGUGUUUAUGAUUAUAAGAAAUUACCUCGUCAAAAUGCUACUGAACAUUUUGAUGAAAAAGCGAUUGCUAGUUAUAGUUAUUCAGCAUCUGAUAGAGAAUUUGUUACCUAUGAUAAUCCACAAGUUAUUAUUCACAAAACUGAUUAUGUUAAACAUAACAAUUUACGUGGUGUAAUGUUUUGGGAAUUAAGUGGAGAUUUCCCUACUUCUCAUGAACGUUCAUUGUUAUCUGCUGCGUAUCAUGGAUUAGGUGGAAAAGAUGCAAUUGAUCAAACUCCAAAUCAUCGUUCAUUUCCUGAUAGUAUCUAUGAAAAUGUUAGAAACGGAUUUGAAUAAAUUCAAAGCAUUCUUCAUUUAUACAAUUAUUUCAAUUAU